GUGGCGUUACCACGGACGGCACAAGUAGCUGACUGCUAAAGGUACGGAAGACGGAAUAUUGUCCUUUUUCACUUUACGAUUUUUAAAAACAAAAAAACAUUUCGACUGAGCAUCCGCACGGGGAUCUGGAGACUUCUUUCUUUUUAGUUAUAUAUAUUUAGAGGAGCAGCUAAUUGAAAGAUGGAUCCAGUGCUUGCUGAGAUGGGGGAUCACCUCGCCGAUGCCAUGAAGAUUCUGGAGAGUGACCGGACUUGGACGGCACAGAACCAAGAGCAGCAGAGGUUUAGCUGGAGGGAUAUUCCAGGACCCUUACAGGGAAACGGUCAGGACAUGGUGACCAUUCUCCAGCUAGUUCAGAACCUCAUGCAUGAUGAAGAGGACAAACUAGUUCAUCGCAGGAUGCAGUGUGUGGGAGAGCAGGGACACAUGGCUUUACUGGGACACAGUCUGGCCGCCUACAUCUCGGUGCUGGACAAGGACAGACUGAGGAAGGUCACGACACGCAUCCUGUCAGACACCACCCUCUGGCUCUGCCGGCUCUUCAGGUACGAAAGCGGCUCUGUGUAUUUCCACGACGACGACCGCGAGGGGCUGCUCAAGGUGUGCCGUCUCAUCAUCAACGCUCGCUACGAGGACUACGCCACGGAGGGCUUCACCAUGCUCAGCUUCAGACAUCCUGUGAUCUACCACAGCGCUGCCUGCAGGCCAGGCCUAGGACAGCACCUGUGCAGCCAGCUUGGUCUUCCUUUGUCAACCCUUUGCUGUGUGCCAUGCAACACCAUGUUUGGAUCUCAGCACCAAAUGGAUGUCGCCUUACUAGACAAGCUGAUGAGGGAGGACUUGGAGAGUGGCAAGCUUCCUUUGCUAUUGAUAGCAAAUGCAGGAACUCCCGGUGCGGGUCAUACAGACAAAUUAGGCCGCCUGAAAGAACUGUGUGUCCAGUAUAACGUGUGGCUUCACGUGGAGGGAUUCAACUUGGCAACCCUGGCCCUCAGUCCGGUUUCCUCAAUGAUCAUGGCAGCCACUAAGAGUGACAGCAUGACAUUAACCCCAGGGCCCUGGCUGGGUCUGCCUGCAGUGCCCGCUGCUACGCUCUACAGACACGAGGAUCCUGCUCUGUCUCUAGCAGCGGGCCUCACUUCCAGCCACCCAGUGGAGAAGCUGCGCGCCCUUCCCCUCUGGCUGUCCCUGCAGUACCUGGGACACGAUGGGAUCGUGGAGCGGAUUAGGCACGCCUCGCAGCUGAGUCAGCAGCUCCUCCAGCAGCUGAAGACGUUGACCUCCAUUAAGACCUCGGGUGUGGUGUCUCACUCCCGGGUCCCGCCCAUCUCCGGUGGUUCGCUGCGGGACGUGCUGGGCUCUCUUAUUCUCUCUAUUGUGGAGGAUGACUUGAGCUCUCCUGUGGUAGUGUUUAGAUUCUCCCCAGACAGCAGUUCAGCCUCAAGCGGGGGAUCUGUGGAGGGCUACUCGACAGGAGAGAGAGAGAUCCAGGAUGCCCUCAACCGAUGGCUUGGUGAGCGGCUGGCACGGCUGGUGCCCGCCAGUGGCGUGGACGUGGUGGAGCUGGAGGAUGAAGGCGUGUGCGUUCGCUUCAACCCCAUCAUGACAGCCGCAGUGCUGGGUACUCAGGAGGCAGAUGUGAUGGCGCUGUCGGAGAGGCUGAUGGAGCUGCUUCCCUCUCUGAGCUGCACGCUGCGCUCCAGGCAGGACUUCAGGGAGGAGGUGUUCCAGCACGCCGUCCUGUCCUACGUGGAGGACCUGAACUGGGCCGGUCUGGGUGCCCUGAGGUACGAGCCCAGGAGGACAGACCUGGAUGAAGGCAGAAGGCAUCAACAGAUGGAGAAGAUCAACAGCGACCUGCUGAAAAAACUGAAAGAGCUCGACACAGACUUGGAUUUCUCAACAGGGCCUGAGUUUGGUGAAGAGAGGAACUGUGUAUUUAUCGGGAUGGUACCAGAGGACAUAGAUGUGGCAGUGUUGGUGGAAACCAUCGCCUCUAUUGGGAGAGAACUUGAGGAGAGUGGGAAGUUGUUGGAGAACAUGACAGAGGUGGUCAGGAAGGGAAUCCUGGAGGCUGAGGAGCAGCUUCGCAGAGCUAAUGAGGAAAAACUCAUCGAGGAGGGGGUGCUGCGACAGAUCCCUCUUGUUGGCUCUGUGGUCAACUGGUUCUCUCCGUUCCAAAGCUCUGUGAAGGGCAGAACCUUCGACCUGGCUGCAGGUUCUCUGGACACUACAGAGCCCAUAUACUCCCUGAAGGCCCAGACAAACCGAGAGGCUUUCUCUGAAUCCCCAGCUUCUACAGGCAAACGGCUGCUAGGGCAGAAGGCGUUCCGGCGCCCUGCGAUGUCCACAGAUUCGUACAGCGAGACCAGCUCUGUCUGCCACCUAGAUGAGUCUUACAGAGACACUGUACCUCAGCCUCCCGGGGAGAGGGUGGAGGGGGACGUGGCGGAGGUCCCACAGAUGUCGCCACCUCCCAAGCUCGAGUUGGAGGUCUCGGAGGAAGAGGCGUCAGCCUGGACUGUCCAGCGCGUUCCGGAAGGCGAGGAGGGGGAGAGCCCAGCCUCCAUCAGAUAGGAGCAUCCCGCCCCAAAGUGGCAGCACCCUGGGAAGGGCAGAGUGGGCUCCAGGAUCGCUCCCUGCUCCUGGAUCCAUGACCUCAAUGCCUUGACAAAGUCACUUUAGGAAUUAGGGUUUAUGAAGCAGCUUUAAGUGCAAGUAACGGAAUGUCAUCCGAGCCACAUCGCAUCACGUAGACCCAUCCAUACUAACCAACCGUACAUUACUCUCACCUGAUCCAUGGUUCUGACUGUGGGUCCCUGUGUCACUCCUUCAGUUCAUGCACUUUCCUCACUCUGUUUAGUUGACAUUGUGUUUUACACUUCACAGUGCUGGCUAGCAUCAAGGGCUAUCACUGAUCUUUACCUUUGUCACUAAUAACAUUUUAAACAUCUUUUAACUGUUUUUGAUGGCUUGUUUGCCUAAAAAAGGCAGUUUGGCUUGUAUGUUCAGCUGUGGCUGACACUCGUGCAGCUCCUUCUAAUGCCUUGGUGCAGUUCUUUGCACUGUCUCAUAAUGUAAUCAGAGAAAUGUUUAUUUAUUCUACAGGUUUUUCCCGGAAAGACAACAGACUCAAUAGGGGUUUCCGAUGGCUGUAACACUGUACUCGUGUACUUGUAACUGUGAAAUCAAAGAAAACUAUAACCUGAUAGUGUCUGUCCCCCAGUUCUGUCUGUUCUGAUGUUCUUGAGAUGGCAGUUGUUACUUUGCGGUGGUUAUAGUUGCGUUCACUAAGAUUAAAGGAAUGGGGUGGGGGUUGCAGCAUGUGUUUUAAUGUUUACUGAGGAUUGCCAUCGUCUGUCCAGACUGUUUAUGGUAGCUGAUAUUGUUUACACUGUUGAUUUUGGUUCUCUGCACUAAAUUCACUGGUAAGGUUUCUUGUGGGAUGGGGUAUGUCUGGGCUGUUAGUGUGGCAGGGGCAGGCCUGUGGGUUUCUGGGAUAUGAUGUCAUGUGCAGCCAGCUCAGCGAGCUCCAGGUGACAUUUACUGUAUGAUUUCUGCUUUGUUGUGUCCAUGUGUGACAUUCAUGCUCAUAGUCACCAAUAAGGGCAUCUGAACAUUGUAGGAAGUAUGACUGUCAUAUGAAGUAUGGCUCUCCUUCCAUGAAUACAUAUUUGACUCAUCUUGGUCACACCUUAAAUAUCCGUUGAUUUUUAACAUUAAGUGCAUUUAUCUUUGUUCUUCCUUGAUAAUUAAUAUUAAUACUGGCUUAUGUUGCACAGCGGCAUCUCUGUCUUUUUGGUGCAAUAAAUGAUUGGGAUUUUUCUUAUGGCAGACAUUGACUGACUUAAAAUAUGAAAUAUUGCAUAGUAGAUUAGUUUUUAUAAUCACAUGGGCUUUUCCAAAAAGCAAGAAGGAAAAUUCUAAUAAAGAUGAAGUGAAAGUC